AGAAGUCGGUGUAGUGGCCCAUCGAUCCAGGGCAGUGGGUUAGUGCUUUGUGAGAGAGAAGUCAGUUUAGUGCCCCAUUAAUCCAGGGCAGUGGGUUAGUGCUUUGUGAGAGAGAAGUUGGUGUAGUCACCCAUCGAGUUGUUGAACCCAGCUGGUGCCAGGGUGCGAAACUAAUACCUACCUACCUUAAGCUUGAUGGCAGAACCACUAUGCCACUGUGGCCAGGAGUAAAUACAGCCACCUACUUUUUAUCAAACAGCCUCCUACUUUCAAAGAUUAGUUGAAUCUGAAUUUGGAAUUCCCCAUUGCUGAAUGACAUUGUUGAAGACUGGAUGAAUAUAGAAGUUAGAAGUGAAAUAUUCUACAAACUGAACACUUCAUAUGUUACAUAGUUUUGAUCACACAGACCAUUGGCAUAGCCAGGAAUUUUGUAUUGGGGGUAGGAGCUCCAUGAGUACUCAGACACCGGCAGAGUCUAGCAAGAUUCGAGUCUGUUCACAGGACUAGAGUACCUAAGUAUAUAAGAGCACUCUCAUUUAAUUAUAUUUUUUUACAUUAUAUUGCCAUAUGCUUGCCGCCGGUUACAUUAUAGGAGUAUGAGACAUGGAGGGAAAACAAAAGUCAAAUGGGUGAAAAUCAAUUCAAUGGCAUGAUUUGGCAUCCAUGUUCAGUGCUGGAAUUAAGAUGCAUAAUGCUAUUUUACUUUAUUCCUUAGUCUCAUUAUCAUCUAGUGUAAGUGGUGGCUACUCGGGUCUGGGUCAAGUUUGACCUCCAAUUACCCUAAUACAAUAUGUUGGACUUGUGGAGGCCUUAAUUGGGGGAGGGGGCACACACUGUCUAUAAGUUGUGAUAUGGGAUGAUGAGCUACCCCUGUGAAACACAUACACACCAGUGAAACACGUACACACCAAAUACUAGUUGCAUGCUCAAGUCAGGUACACUAGUUGGAUCCAGUAUAUUUUGUACAUAUUAUAAACAAUUUGAUAUUAUAUAUUUGGAAACAUUUGUUAUGUGUGUGUAUGAACUUUAUUUCACUUUUGCGACUUUUAAUGUAAUGCUGUUUAAUUGCUAUUUUCAGCCAAUAAAAUUUGCAUCGACACUUUAAUACAAAUAAUAGCUAAGAAUAACAACUCAUGAGCUCUGUAGAGGCAAGUUAAUUUUGUAACGUGGAUUCUCAACACCGGACAACAUCAUGGCAACAUGUUUUAUUGAUCAGGAUGACGGCAUGGAAGAUCACCAAGAAUAUGAAAAUGACAUGAUUGCUAUGCGUGAUGGAAGACCUCAAACCUGAUCCAGAUGUGGCGGGACUGGCAAUGUCGACGACCCCCGAGUCUCCUACAUCGACAUAUGCUGACAGUGACCCACUGCUGAGUAAACCGCCGACCACAGAGUCCUCCUUCCAGCUGUCUCAGGCAACAAAUAGCGAUAUCGAAAGAGGAAAAGAUAAAAACAAUGAUAGUAAAACCAGUGAAAACGAUAGAAACAUCAUCUACGGAUUCGUCGUCAACGUCAUUAUCAACAUCCGUGCGACGAUGGCGACAGUGUGCGCCAAGAACAAAGGCCCGGGUCGUGUCGUCUUUAAACUGUUGCUGCUUGUGACAUACGCCAUAUAUCUGGGGUUCGCCUUCAACUAUGAGUUCGGCGACAGCGACUCCAUAGCGCUCUUGGUGAUCACCUGCAUCAUCGGCUCUGGAUGGGUGUACAGCAGACUGAAAACUGUAUUUGGACAACGAGUUUACAACAGCUGUGUUAGACAUGGAGUUAUCUGGAUAAGGAGUAACGCUGUCUGGCUUAAAAGGCUGUUACUUGUAUUAGUGGUCGCACUAACGUCCAUCUACAUCAUGGUCGAUGUGAUUAUUCCACGACCACGCCAUCUCAUGUCCGUCGUCGGCAUCGUAGUCUACGUCUUCAUAACGUUCGUUUUCUCACGUAACCCCCGAAAGGUAAGAUGGCGACCUGUUAUUUGGGGUUUGUUUCUGCAGUUCGUAUUGGCCGUUUUGAUUCUACGAACACCAUGGGGUUACACAUCAUUUCAUUGGAUGUCAGACCGGAUGUUGGAGUUGAUAUCGUUCGCAGAUGCUGGCUCCGAAUUUGUUUUUGGCCCUGCUUACAAAGAACACUUUUUGGCUUUUCAGGUUCUGCCCGUGGUGGUGUUCUUCAGUUCGUGUGUGACAAUCAUGCACUACCUGCGCCUGAUGCAGGUGCUCACUGACCACAUGGCCGUGAUCAUGAAGUACACCAUAGGUACCAGUGUGAUGGAGUCCAUCCACGCCGCCUUCAACGUCUUCAUUGGCUGGGGUGAGGCAAUGAUGCUGCUACGUGGACGGAUCGAGCAGAUGACACUGGCCGAGAUCCACACGGUGAUGACGAGCAGCUUUGCGGUCAUAUCGGGCAGCAACCUGGCGGUGUACGUCAUGUAUGGGGCGGCUCCAUACCAUCUCCUUGCGGCUUCGUUUCUAUCCGCGCCAGCUGCUUUGGGGAUAUCUAAGUUGUGUUGGCCUGAUGAGAAGGUUAGUGACGACGAUGAAGAUGAGGAUUUCCCAGACACAGAACAGGAAGAACUGAACGCAGGGAUUAUCGACGCUGCUACGAAUGGCGCGAUCGGCGUGAUAACCAUCCUCGCCCACAUCAUCGUCUGCAUCCUGGCCUACGUCGCCCUCCUCACCCUCGUCAACGCCAUCCUCGUGUGGCUGGGACAGCGGGUCGGACUCGAUAUGAUUACACUGCAGAUAAUUUGCUCCUAUUUGUUCUGGCCAUUCGUCUUUAUCAUGGGCGUCCAGUCAGAAGACUGUCAGGUUUCUGCUCGUAUUCUCGGUAUCAAGCUCAAUGUCAACGAGAUGGUUGCAUUCUCGGACCUAGGAGUGGUCAUCAAGAACCGCGCCUUGCUGAACGCGUACAACGGAACGUGGCACUGGACCAGUAAUGGCGACAUUGCCCUUGACCGCACAAACACUACUUUGGUCGGAGGCGUCAUGACGCCUCACUCCGAGAUGAUCACGACCUACGCUAUAUGCGGUUUCUCCGACCUGCUAUCCUACGGAAUCCUCAUCACGUGUCUUGUUGCGGUGGCGCCCUCUAGGAAAAAGGACAUAAUGGCGGUUGUGAACAGAGCCAUCAGUUCAGGAGUUAUCGCUUGCUUCCUGGCAGCCUGUAUGGCGGGUAUGAUUGCAGAUGACUGAACCAACGAAAACUACUACUGCGGCGGCUGCUGCUUAACCAAGUCUUUCAAACUCGUUGAUAUAUUGUGUUCAUUGUUGGGAAAGAAUUUAACCAACAGUAAUAUCACUGCCAUGACUACCUAAAAACUAAAAAUAUCGACUUUCUUCGAAAAGACUUAAAUAUGUUGAAGGCAGCACUAUAUCGUAUCUCACGACUUCCAUGGCAAGCUUAACUUAAGAGAAUUAGAAAUAUGAUUAACUUACGCCUCGACACUCAGGAAAGAAAGAAAGUUAUCUCCUGUCGUAAACCGUCAUUCUAGUAGCAAUUAGUUACACAAAUCUGCCGAGACGGAAUCACGCGCACACACCUCUCUCUCUCUCCUCCCCCUCUCCCUCCCCCUCCCCCCC